GGUUUACGAAAAAGUGUGUUAAUAGGAAUGAUUGGCACAUGCGCAGGCUCAUGGUUGAAAUUAGGCUCAGUCAGCCAGGAUCGCUUCUGGGUGGCUUUCGUGGGUCAAUCCAUCGUAGCUUUCUGUCAAAUUUUCGUGCUUUCAGUGCCGGCUCGAGUAGCUGCAGUUUGGUUUGGCCCAUCCGAAGUGUCUUCGGCUUGCAGCAUCGGAGUGUUCGGAAAUCAGUUAGGAGUCGCUUUGGGAUUUUUUAUUCCACCACUUCUUGUUCCCGCAGAAAAAUCCAUGGAUGAAACCUCCCAAAAUCUGUACAUCUUCUAUGGAUCCCUUGCAGUAAUUUCUACAGGGAUUUUGUUGUUAGUUUUGUUCUUUUUCAAAGACGCACCUCCUACUCCUCCUUCGUACGCCGUAGCUCAGCAAGAUUCUACAGGCAGUUUCAAAGAAUUCGUAACAUCUUUGAAAAACCUUUUGAGAAACAGAUCAUUCAUGCUUCUGUUGAGCGCAUACGGUAUCAACACUGGUGUUUUCUACGCCAUUUCAACGCUACUCAAUCAGAUCAUCCUACAUUACUACCCGGACGGAAACGAAGAUGCAGGUCGAAUAGGUUUGGCCAUUGUUGUGGCCGGAAUGAUGGGAUCUGUUUGUUGUGGAGUCAUCUUGGAUAGAUAUCACAAGUUCAAGGAAACUACCCUUGUCGUAUAUGCCUUGGCACUGAUAGGGAUGGUUCUCUUCACCUUCACAAUAUCUACUGGACUAUAUGUGGUUUACAUUAUUUCAUUUCUAUUGGGAUUCUUCAUGACCGGACUGCUCCCUGUCGGUUUCGAACUAGCAGCCGAGCUGACCUACCCAGAACCCGAAGGCACUUCGGCAGGCCUGCUCAACGCGGCGGCCAAUCUAUGUGGCAUCAUUUUCACCAAUUUCUACUCUGCUAUUUUCUAUCACGUCGACGUCGUGUGGGCCAACAUAUCCAUGAGCUUGAUGUUGGUUGUAGGGACAAUUCUUCUGGCAUGCACCAGCCCAGAUUUGAAGAGGCAGGCUGCGCAAGGCGAGAAAAAUGGCGUACCGUGAAGGAACACUUAGGAAAUUGGUCUACUUAUUAUUUACUGCUUGAGGUUCAACCUUAGAAGUUGGAAGUAGGUGUAAUAAUAGACAAUCCGUCGAUUGACAUAAUGAAUUCGUCGUAACAUAUUUACGAUGCAAAUAUUAAAAAAAGCUGAUAAGAGCCAUUUUCAAAAGCAAACAAUAGACCCUAUCGGAUAGGUAUUUUAUUUGGAACACAUGUUUUUUUGUCAUUAGUGUUAGUUUUCAUGUUAAUUGUUCAUGACGUUACUGCCACUAAUUAUUUAUGAAACUAAAUAGAAAAUGAAUACAAUGAAAACAGCAACUAAAACUCAAAAUUCGACAAAUAAAUAUCAAUUACAUAUGGAAAAUACAUAGAGUAAUCAACUUAGAAAAAAAUACAUAUGUUCCAAACCCACAUGUCAUCGAAACACGUGUCGAAGUGUUAAAAAUAACGAUUUGGUGUUGGGAAAAAACUCCAGUAUUAUUCAUUACUUCACCAAAAGUUCUGUUCCGUCUUCACCAGUAUUUUAUUUUUUUUAUUUUUCAUUUUUUUUCUUUGUGUAUUUGUCUACUGAUGAUUUUCAUUCAAUUUCAAUUCCACAAAAUUUGUAUUUAACGCGAAGUUCGGCUGUGUUUCCUAUUCUGAUUAAAUAUAUGGAGCGCUCCUCGUAUCAAUAUAUUUGGUCAAUCGCUGAAACAGCAGCAGAACAACAGGGAUUCGAUAUAUAGACUCGCUACAGAAAGCAUUUCAGGUGAUUCGACAAGCUACUCAAUUAAGAAAGUUGCUGGCCAGCUAGUGCCGUGUGAUCCAACGGGUUCUUACGAUCAUCCUCCUGGAACCAGAAAUCUCUCUACAAGCCGCUACUAGAGCCGACAUACACUCAGGUGAGAACCACAGCCACGUAAUCUCUCUCGCUCUUUUUUUUUGUCUCCAGAACAAAAUUCUAUCGGGAACUUUCUCAAAUCAUACAAUCCUGUGUUAUACUACAGUCCACUUAUCUAAUGAAGCUACAGGUUCCAAACAGGGCAUCAUAAGAUACAGGGUGUUAAAAUGAAAAUAAAAAAAGUUAUUCGUAAAUAUCCUUCACCUAAUUUUGUUGUAAUUGUCAGUGGUAUUUAUAUUAUUAAGGAGCUAAUUUAGCCCGAACGUCCAGUGGCGUCUCGAGCGGGAUUUGAACGAAUAUUUUUGACUUAAAAAUGUACGCCACCGACUUUUGUGCAGUUUUCAUUGUUGUAUUUGGUUUAGCAAUUAGAAAUACAACUUUUUUGUCUCUUGAAUUUUAUUCUUAUCUUGCUUA